AUGGAGCCGAUCUCCGCCGCCGAUAAGUCGGCGCCGACAUCGGCCGACUUUCCCCUUCGGGUGCAAAUGGGUCGCGGUCUCAGCUUCACCUUAGAGUGGAACGACUACGCCGUCCUUCGCGACCAAAAGAAAGAGUUCACCGAGAGAUGCUUUGGACUCGCCAUCAGGUUCGCUUGGUUUGACAUUGGGCGGGACGACCUGCGGUUGUGGGUGCUGGGGAUCGGCCCGCUUCGAUCGGCCAUGAAAGCCGCCGACCAUUCUUGCUUUGCUAAGGCUUUCGACGCCGACAUCGCCGCUAUCCCGCUGAAAUCGACCGGCGGCCCGCUUCCAGGGUCACACUGCAGCGUCAUAGCCAUCCUCUACCCAGGAGAUGUGCUGAAGGCUGAGGGACAGGUCUGCAGGACAUCGAUCCGGCACAUCGACCCGCACACCGGAAAGGGGAAGCACCGCGACGAGGCCGUCCGCGUCCUGAAGCUAUUCCGCACGGCUGCCCUGGCCGAGCUGGGGCGUCCCGGUAGGAAGUGGGACGGGGCGCCUCCAUCACAAGCAGUGGUGGAGGAAAGGCUUGCCGACUGCGACGACCCUAUCCGCGACAAAGUGCCGGGCACAGUGUCGGACGGGCAUGUCGGCACCGGCAUGCUUGCCGCGACGUCGUUCGGGUGGGUGGCCAAGCAGAUCGGCCUGCUGACGGGCGACAAGGCUCGGAGCGCUGUGAGCAUCGAGAACAUCAAGGUCGCGGGUUUGAGGUCGCUCCGUGAUAGCAUGGUCGAUUACAUCUGCCAUCGUGUCGCCGAAAACCGGAUAGCGGCGCCGACUUCAGGCGCCGACGGACCCGCCGAGGGUGCGAUUGAUGACGACGGCGCGGAAAGUCAGACGGCGCCCCAAGCAGCAGCUGCCGCCCAGCGCCAGGAGGACUUGCCGGUGUCCGCGGAAGGAGGAACCGGUGGAGGACUAGGCGACGAUGCGGCAGGCGCAGGGAGGAAGGAAGAGGAGUUGACGGACUCUGGCUCAGAGUCGGAGUCGGAGGGGGAGGAGGAGGACGAAGGGGAGAAGGAGAAUGAGGACGAGGAGGAUGACGAGGGCAAGGACGAGAACGAUGAGGUGGUGGAGGUGGUGGCCGGGAAGGAUGAGGCGGCGCACGAGGAAGGGGUGGAGGAGGAGGUGGAGUACGAGCUGGAGUACGCAGACGGCACGGUUGAGGCGGUGGGGUCGGCGGACGAGAAGAACGAGGAAGCGGAGGAUGGCGAUGCGGGUAAUGCUACGGGGUCGGCAGGUGAGGGGAAGGAAAAGGAUGAGGUCGGCGUGGAGGCAACGACGGAAACGGGCCAGGAGGAGGCGGCAUGCGAAGGUGCGAAGGUGUCGGUCGACGCCGGCGAAGGUGCGAACAUCGCGGGCGUGCAGGAGACGGGGGACGCAUCUGGUCGGCAGGGCCCUGCAACGGACGACGUCGAGGAGCUGCGACGGGAGAACUUGCUGUUGAGGGCGGAGAACGCUCGGCUGCAGGGUUUGCUCGAUGCGGAACGGGCUCGGCUGGACGCGUUUUUUGUUGGGCUACGUGGACUCGUCGACCACCUGAAGGAGUUGGCCGAGCAGGUCGACGACACCGAGAAGUAUGCGGCGGAACAGCUGCGAAACGCGGCGGAGGCCAUGUCGCAGACCAUCACGGGCAACAUCACCGGCAGCUUCGACGAGGCGUGGAAGACGAUGAAGACCUUCGCGGAACAGGCGUCGGCGUGGCUGGAGGACUUCGACAACCCGGAGGGAAAUGUGGCGUAUCAACGCGCCUUAGCGGUCACCACCUUGGCCGACCACGUCGACAAGGUGGUGGGCGAUGCGCAGGAGGAUUUGCGGGAGCACAUCACGAGCCAGUUGUCCGCCGCAGCUGUCAACAUCGCCACAGCUGUGACCGGCAGGCUCCCCGUGCAGCCGCCGCCACCGCCUCAGCCCACGCCGCCCGCCCUCCCGGAAGAGCUCUUGAAGUCGUUCAAGGCCGACAUCAUGAAGACGGUGACGGAGGCCACCGAGCAGUCGUUCGUUGCGUCCGGGAUGAAGAUGUUGACCGAGAUGAUCGGCACGGUGGCGCCUGGUCGACGUGGGUCGUCGCCUUCGGCCAAUGACGCCGACGCCGCGCAACAGAGGGCGGCCGACAAGCAAGGCCUGAAGAGGUCGGGCGACGGUGACGACAAGGAGAGCUCGAAGCGGAGCAAGGGAUCGGACGGGAGCCGCGUCACGAAGCCUCCUGCGCGGAGCGUGGUCGACAUGCUGAAGGCGAAGGGGUGGAAGGCGAGCGGUGGGAAGGACGCGGCCCCCACUGCCCAGGCGGCGAAAGUCGGAGGCGCCGGAACCACCCAGGGGCCGUCUGACGCGGUGCCGGCCAAGGGCAAGGCGAUGUCUGCGUCUGCUACGGUCGCCGGAACCGGCACGGCGAAGGCUGCCUCUGCUUCAGUCCCCGGAACCGGCAAGUCGAAGGCUGCUUCUGCUACGGUCGCCGGAACCACCAAGUCGAAGGCUGCUUCUGGUACGGUCGCCGGAACCACCAAGUCGACACCAUGUAACCCGCCUGCGGCAACCACCGGGCCCGCCGGCCAGUCAGGUGCGGGGAAGCAUGGGGAGGCCCGUGCGGCCCCUCCAGCUCCAGCAGCCCCUACUGCCGCCAAGGUCGACGCGAAGGCUGCUUCGGCACAGGGGCCACCCGGGAGUAACGCGCUUAGGGUGUUGCUCCACCGCAUGGAGUCCCACCGCCCGGGCGCGCAGCAGCAUCCUGUGGUCGACGCCGGCCUCGCAGAAAUAGCACGUCGCUCCGUCACUCCGCACGUUGCCGGCAAACCGUCCGAUGCCCAAUCUGCCGCGCGGCCGGUCGCCGCCCCACCGCCUGCGGACCCCAAGUCCGCGUUUCUUCGCGCCCAUAUAGGCGCACGCAAAGCGGCAGCUCCACCAGUCACUCAGCCGGAACCCGGCACAAGCGCGACGCCGACGGCUGUAAAUGCGACCGCACCCUCCCCAGGAGCAGCUGUGGUCGAUCUGGCGGCGGAGAGGGGAGUCAGUGCAGCGCUAGCCACCGGCGGCCGCGCCGACAGGCAUGCCGCCCUCGAAUCCGUCCUGGCCCAGUUUGAGGCAGCAAAACGGCCCGAGCAUGCCCCGGCACUGGCCAUCGUGGACACGGCGCAUGCGGAGCCGUCGGCGACCAACACAGGGGGUUCGGCGGAGCCGACGGCCGCAACGGGUGUUGUCGCCGAGGGAAAUGCGGGACGGAAGGGUAAGGACGACACCGGGAAAGGGAAGGCGGUGUCGGCGGGGAAGGAGAUGGCGGAAGACAAAGGGAAGAAGCCGGCACGGAAGACGGGCGGCAAGGGUAAGUCGGCAAAGAAGAAGGAGGAGGAGGAGAAGGAGGAGGAGGAGGAGGAGGAGGAGGAGGUGGGGGAGGGGGAAGAGCAUGGACGCCGGGGUCAUGGCAUCCGCCGAGACAGGUCUGGCGACGGGCAGGGGUGGGUGGGCGAGAUGAAGUUCAAGAACCAGAAUCGGUACAUCGGCAAGUCCCGCGACAAGAUGGAGCUGGCCUACGAGCACGCGAUUGCGUACUUCGUCUACGACGGCUACGUGAGCAAGGUGCUCAUGAAGGAGCUCACCGCCUUGAAGCCGGGAGAGUUGGAUGAAUGGAAGGCGGUGUGGGAGGAGGUCAAAAUCCUGCCGACCGGGAUGUGGACGGUGAUGUGGGCCAGAGGCUUGUGCCAUCCGAGAGCAAGGUUCGACGACAUACUCGGCAGGUUCCGUGGGUACGCAGGUUCGGGUGAUGCGCUUCAUGGCGUGCUCUGGCCGGCGAUGUGGUUCCCCAUCAUCGAGGACACGGAGGAAGGCAGGGCGGAGACAAAUGCCAACAUGUCGGCGAUGGUGAAUCGCGUGUCGAUGUGCGCGGCGUAUGGAAAGGUCGCGGCGAGAGUCGCGUAUGGGAAGGUCGACGGGAGCGCGGAGGCGACCGCGGGAGAGACGACGGAUAUGGAAGGCGCGGACAGGAAGGCGGACGAGAAGGUGCAGAUGGGGGCCCAGGCGUUAGCGGCCUCUGCAUGCGCCCUCUGGUGCUACAUGUCGACGCCGGCGUCGGUGCUCGGUGCUGUGGGCGAAGGUAAGGCGGCCGCGAUUCUGGCAGGUGCGGGGAAGGAGAGGGGCGAGCACUUCGCGAUGGUCAUGCACGUGGUUAUCGAACACGCACGCACUCGGCAGGCUCCCGCGGGGGAGGUUGCACAUAACGUCGCGCCAGAGCUGCAGCGCUAUGGAGUGGCCAGGGCCUUCGAGGCGGGCAUUGAGGAAGACGAGGCCGACAUGAUCGCAAGAGCGACGGUCGAGACCUUGGCGUUCUGGGGAAUGUGCCCCCUCGACGGGCCCAAGCUCAAAGCGGAGGGCAUCGAUGUGCCGUGUGACGCGAAGAUGGAGUACGACUUGGAUCACAGGGGGAGGAAGGGGGAGAAGGUCAAGCAGGCCAAGGGCAGCAAGAGGAAGAGGUAG